AUUUUCCUUCUAUCCAAUUCCAUAGAUUUCUGUACCCUACAGUAUUUAAACUCGCGUAGAACUACUGUUAGGGUAGUUGAUCCUUUCCCCGAAGCAACAAGCUUAGUUCUAACAGUUCUUUCUGCUGGACUCUAAGUCGCUUUAUAAGUCAACUUCUCGUGUGAACGUCUUUCUAGACAUCACAUAUUUUGAACUUCGAAUACUAAGCCCCUUCCCCCCUUCUACCAACUACGGUCGCUGCACAGAGGACUGAUCACCCUCCAACACUUCGACUCUUCUUUACCUCUUCAAUAUCCUCAAGAUAUAUCUCAGAAACCUCGAACUCGAGUUAAAAAUGUCUGCUAGCGCACCAGACAACCUGUCCCCUCUGACCUCGCUUCCAACGAGUGAAGAGAGCAUGGACGCUGGCGCUCUCGAACUGGGUGUCGAGAGUGCCUGGAACCUGGAUGACGUAUCCGUCUCCAAGUUAGAGAGGAGUGAUAGCGUUCACGCUGAGCCUCCCUCCGGCGAACCAACAAAUCAGACUGGGUCUGAUCUUGAUGGCGCUGUCAUUGAUGGCAGGACACCAUGUGUCCCUACUGCCCUAAGUACCCCGUUAUUGGAUAACGGUGGGAACGAAUUAAUAGCCGCACCUGAUGAUGGUGAUGGGCUUGGCUCAGUCGCGAUGAGCAUCAGCCCACCUAUGGCUCAAAACAGCGAGCAGGGUCGAAAGUACCCUCAGAUUGGGCUACUAGACAGUCUUAGGUACCAGUACAGACGUCACGAUGAGUUAAAUAGUGACGGACUCAAUGAAAUGCCCUCUUGGGCCGAUCUCCCCAUUGAUGAUGAUAUCGGGGACGUUCCUGACCUCAAAGGCAACCGGCAGGACAAUACCAUAGGGACGGGUACUCAAAACCCACGCAUCCCUAUGCACCUGAAAGGAAAGACGGCCCUAAGACCCUCCGCAUCUAGCGAUGACGAAGGAGGACCUACCACUGGCGUAGACGAGGUCGAUGCUCUCAAAGAGCGUAUCUGCGACCUCGAAAGACUGGUGUGUCUAAGUCAGUUGCGUGAAAGUGAAGCCAAUCAGAAGGUAGCAGAUGCUCACCGUGCUCCAAGAGUCAGUGUCCAGAGUAGGGACGCGCACCAAAAGACAAACGUAGCCAACGCGCGUCAUCACUCUUACCAACUGAAAGCUCUGUGAAACGAGCUAUGACCGGAGCGUCCAAACAGGGACACGAUCCCGGUGACCCUGAGCCCCCUUCAUCUGACGAUGACGACGAACGGUCGUCGACGGAGAGUGACCUUGAUAAGCCAUCCAAGCGAACAUCAAGGAAGAAAAGACAAACCUUGAAAGAGGAACCAUCUGAUAACGAAUUUGGAGCAGAUUUCCUCGACCAAGAGCCGGAAUCGGACCACGAUAGCGAUUCGCCCGAUACUAAACAAGUUAAGCGCGUAGCGAGACGAAAAUAUCGGUCCAAGCUUACCCUACUCAAAUAUCAGCAAGGAUUCAUUAAGAAUGAACCCCCAUUCGUCUAUAAUGGAGAGGCUAAC